AUGGCUACAUCGUCCUGGCCGGCCACUUCAUCGCCCCACGAUGCAGUGACCUCCCGGCGUUCACAGUUUACCUAUCGUCAGCUGGGCCAGCUCGCCUCGUUCAAAACGUCAAAUCCCCUGCGUGUCGUUGCGCAUAUCGAUCUCGAUGCAUUCUAUGCCCAGUGCGAGAUGGUGCGGCUCGGAGUCGCCGAAGACAAGCCUCUCGCAGUUCAACAGUGGCAAGGGCUGAUUGCUGUCAACUAUCCAGCACGCCAUCGAGGCAUCGGAAGGCACUGCAAUGUCUCCGAGGCAAAGAAGCUUUGCCCAGAACUCAUUACUCAACACGUGGCCACAUGGCGCGAAGGCGACGAUAAGUGGGCAUAUCGUGAUGAUGCCGCAGCCAAGAUUGUCACAGACAAGGUUUCCCUGGAUCCAUACAGGUUGGAGUCGAGGAAGAUUCUUGGCCUCGUUAAAGACAGUCUGCCUCAACACCUGCAAAAGGUGGAGAAGGCCAGCAUCGACGAAGUGUUUCUCGACUUGUCGGCUCAUGUUCACAAUAUCCUGUUGCAGCGCUUUCCAGAGCUAUCGAAUCCGCCACCGUACGAUGACCCAACCGAGAGACUUCCCCUACCCUCUGUCGCAGCUCUCGAUUGGCAGGCGGAUGCCUUGAUAGACUUGAGUGAGGAGCAGGAGAACGUGGACCCAGAUUGGGACGAUGUCGCCGUACUCGUAGGGUCGGAGAUUGUGCGCAAUGUGCGCAGGAGAAUCCGCGAGGUACUGGGCUAUACCUGUUCCGCUGGCAUAGCCGCCAACAAAAUGAUAAGCAAGUUGGGCUCGGCUUACAAGAAGCCCAACAGUCAGACUGUCGUGCGGACUCGUGCGGUCCCUGCCUUUUUAGCCGACUUCAGGGUGACAAAGAUACGCAACUUGGGUGGCAAGCUCGGAGAGCAGGUCGUCGCAGCGUUUCAUACAGAAAGCUUGAAAGAGCUACUUGGCGUGCCCUUGGACCAGAUGAAGGCUAAGCUGGGCGACGAGACAGGUUUGUGGCUUCAUAACGCAAUACGGGGCAUCGACACGAGCGAGGUCAACUCGCGCACGCAAAUCAAAUCUAUGCUGUCAGCCAAGUCUUUUAGGCCAAGCAUCAGUACGGAGGAGCAGGCGGUCAAGUGGCUCAGGAUCUUUGUUGGAGAUAUUUACUCUCGGCUGGUUGAGGAAGGCGUGCUGGAGAACAAGCGACGGCCUCGCACCAUUAACCUGCACCAUCGGCAUGCCGGGCAAACCCGUAGCAAGCAAGGGCCCAUCCCUCCUGGCAAGGCUAUCGGUGAAGAGUUUCUGUUCAAUUCCGCAAGAGAACUCCUCGGGCAAAUCAUUGCAGAGGGAAAAAUUUGGCCUUGCGAGAAUCUCGGCCUCAGCGUUGCCGGAUUUGAGGAUGGUGUCCGCGGGAACAUGGGCAUUGGCGCAUUCCUAGUCAAGACUGAUGAUUCGGGCCCGUCUCGCUCCAGACCGCCAGAGAAACGGGUUUCAGACGUUCAGAACACCUCUACGAGGAAGGUACGUGUCAACAAUGGCGGCAUACAUCAUCGGUUACGCUCGACGGGAAAUGACAGUGACAGAAACGAGUCGGCUGGUCGCGGCAGUCCAAGCAAAGCUCUCUCCCCAGGGACCAGCGUACAUAUCACUCCGAUGCUUCAGGUGAGGGAAGGCAUCAUGAGCCGACAGUUUGUCUCCGAUUCUGCCACAGAAUUUCCCUGCCAGAGAUGUGAUGCGAGAUUCUACGAGUCAGAGAAACUGCAGAGCCAUCAAGACUGGCACCUAGCAAAGGACCUGCAGGAGGAGGAACGUGUCGGGCACACACUGGUCCAAAAGCCUGCAGUCGCACGCGGUUCAAACCGAAAGCGACCGAGCGGAACAACGAGGCACAGUCGGGAGGGCAAGCUCGAACACGGGCAGAAAAAGCUCUACUUCAAAUGA